UGUCCCUGUCCCUGUCCCCAGUCAAGGGCUACACGCGGAAGGCGGCGGCACUCGAGGCCAUGCGCGAUUACACCAAGGCCAUGGAGGUUUAUCAGCGCGCCCUGGACCUCGACCCCUCCUGCAAGGAAGCCGCCGAGGGGCUGCGGCGCUGCGUGCGGGGCCAGCAGCAGCGCUCGGAGCCCCCCGAGGAGCUGCGGCGCCGGGCGCUGGCCGACCCCGAGGUGCAGCAGAUCAUGGGGGACCCGGCCAUGAGGCUCAUCCUGGAGCAGAUGCAGAAGGACCCGCAGGCCCUGAGCGAGUGCGUGCCACGGGGGGACACGGGGGUCCCCGAGGGUCCCCAGGGCAGGGGCCAUGGCACGGGGGGGACACCGGGGGUCCCUGAGGGCAGCGGGGGUGGCACUGAGGAUCCCCAGGGUCCCCGAGGGUCCCCAGGGCAGGGGGCCUGGCACGGGGGGGACACCGGGGGUCCCUGA